AAGCGCGCACGAUCGCCUGCCCUUGCUGCCCAGGCGAGGAGACCCCGCAGCGAGCUGCCAACGCCCGGCGGAGGAGCCCUGUGAGGAGUUUAAUCUUGGACCUGAUAACUAGCAGACUUGAACUAUGCAGACAAUUAAGUGUGUAGUUGUGGGAGAUGGUGCUGUUGGUAAAACAUGUCUUCUCAUUUCUUAUACAACUAACAAAUUCCCAUCUGAAUAUGUACCAACGGUGUUCGAUAACUAUGCUGUAACAGUCAUGAUUGGUGGAGAGCCUUAUACCCUAGGCCUGUUUGAUACAGCAGGACAGGAAGAUUAUGACAGAUUACGGCCCCUCAGCUAUCCACAGACAGAUGUGUUUCUGGUCUGUUUCUCCGUGGUCUCACCAUCUUCAUUUGAAAAUGUGAAAGAAAAGUGGGUACCUGAAAUCACUCAUCAUUGUCCAAAGACUCCCUUUUUGCUUGUUGGGACCCAGAUUGAUCUCAGAGAUGACCCCUCAACAAUUGAAAAACUUGCCAAGAAUAAGCAGAAGCCCAUAACUCCUGAGACUGCUGAAAAGCUGGCACGGGACUUGAAGGCUGUCAAAUAUGUGGAGUGCUCUGCACUCACGCAGAAAGGCCUAAAGAAUGUAUUUGACGAGGCGAUAUUGGCUGCCUUGGAGCCUCCGGAGCCGAAGAAGAGCCGCAGGUGUGUGCUGCUAUGAACAUCCCUUCACGUCCCCUUCUGCAAAGCUGGUGUUGAUGUCAUACUAAAAGCAAUGUUGAAAUCAAACUAAAGAUUCAGAUUUUCCAAUUUGUUUUUGCAAUAAUGACAAAUGCCGUGCACCCUCUUCCCAUAUGCUCCCUGUGUGAGAUGCAAAUGUUAGUGCUCUUCUCCAGUGCCCUUCAGUUAGACUAAUUUUUUUUAAAAAAUUAUAAUAAUAAUAAUGUUGUAUUUCAACAAACACUGAUCAGUUCUAGGGUUUUUUGGUUCUGUUUACUGUUUAAAUUUUUGUUUUUAAAAUUCAGGCAUGCUUACAGUGACUUUUUUCUGUAACAGACUAAUUGUUAGGCUCUAGCCUUCAGGCCCUGUCCCAUCACGUUAGCUGGUACUACUUGGAUUCUUUAAUCUUCUGUGGCCAGCUUGCAGUCUCGGGGUGAGCAGGUUUCAGUCCUUGGAACAGGUUCUGGAAAUGAAAAUGUCCCCAACUGGUGCUCCUUUGAAGAGGAAUGUAGUGCAUCUUUCUAAUCUGCAUCUCCUCUGAAGUUGCCUUGGAAUCAUUUCCCUUUCUUUCCUCCAAGCAGGUUAGAAAUUUCUAUCAUGCCCUUUUAAGAUACAACAUGUAAAUGAGCCCUUUGUUUAUGUAUUCAGCCAAAAGCUUUUUUGUGUGUAACACACACCCCUGCAAAAACCCAACUUUGCCAAUUACUAAUUUUUUGUAGGUAAUUUUCAAACUUGACAACAUUAGGCAUUAAUUGAAAGGAGAGAACUGCAUAAUUUAAUUUCAACUCAGUUCAUUGGAUUUGCUUAAUAACCAGCAGUCCUCUCUUGGCAAGCAGAUGUCUUUGAUGUUCAGCAAAAUGAGUGAUGUAUUUGGAAGACAUCCUCAUGAUCUUUGCCUGUUGUAAUGGAGGUCAGAAGGUAAUAAGCCGACUGUGCCACAAAACGGUUCAGCGUUCUCUUUGAAGAAAAGGGGAAUGAGUCAUGCCUCAUCAGGGAAAAAAUAUGGAGGGGGAAAGAUGUUCAAUAUGGCACCUUGGGAACCAGUAGAAAAAGGAUCCUAAAUGUGCCAGCAGCUCUAGCCUCCCAGGUUGUUGCUCAGUGUAACAGAUCGUGUUAGGUCUCUGACUCCAGUGUUAGUAGGGAUCUUACCAGAAUUAUACUCCGGCUUAAUACUUUUCAAUUUUCCCAGACUCUAAUUCUUGUAGACUUGUUAGUGUUGAACUGAUGCUUUUUUCCAUGUCUAAGUUCUUUGUAUAUGCAUUUUUUCAGAUGUAUUAAACAUAAAGUAUCUUCACAA